UAAAUGUAUUUGGAUCUGCAACUUCUGAAGGGCCUCACGUGAGCAACAAGCUGUUUGGUGUCGGUGAGCCCCACGAGUUAUUAUUCAUCUAGGGAAACGAUAAGCAAAGUCAGGAGACUCCAUUUCACCAAUUUUAGAGAGAGAGAGAGAGUGUUCACGAAUUGAAUUCCCUCUCCCUCUGUUUUCUGCCCUUCAAUUCAUUGAGUUUUCAGUUUCUUCUGCUAAAAACGACAGUAAGUAGAUGAACACCCAUAUAGUUUGUCAUCACUACUGGUCUACUACUACUACUCUAUUCUAUAGAGUCAGUUGCGAUAAUGACAUUAAAUGGCGCCAUUCCUCGGGGUUUUUCCGGACCCAUUGAUUGAAAUUGUUUUUCAGAUCUGGUAGAAAAAAGGGAAUGACGGAAAAGGAAACAUCUUUUCAGAUCCGUUUUUCGAUUUCUUCAUCAUGAUCCCCCAAUGCCCUUCAUUCAACUCAUCAAUCAACGAUCACCCUCCUCCCUGGCCAUUGAAUCAAUCCAACACCCAGAAAGAGAGAGAGAGAGAGUGAGAUAGGAGAGAGAGAACCAAAUCAAAAAUCUCUUUUCUCUCUCCUCACAAUGGGUCCAAAACCAAAACCCUGUUCUUUCUUCCACCUCUUUAUCUUUUGUUCCCUAUGCUUUCCCCUCAUUGCAUCAGACGAUUUUCAAGCCCUAUCAGCCCUAAAAUCCUCAAUCGACCCAUCAAACACCUUACAAUGGACAGGCCCCGACGUUUGCAACUGGGAAGGAAUCAAGCAGUGCAUCAACGGGAGAGUCACAAAACUAGUCCUCGAACACCUAAACCUAACCGGCCAACUACACGAAACGAUUCUAAACCAAUUAGACCAGCUCCGAGUCCUCAGCUUCAAAUCCAACUCCUUAUCCGGCGGAAUCCCCUCCCUCUCCGGUUUAAAAAACCUCAAGUCCAUAUUCCUCAGCCAAAACAACUUCUCCGGCGACUUCCCCGCCUCCCUGUCCUUCCUCCACCGUCUCAAGAUCAUCGUCUUGUCGGAAAACCAAAUCUCCGGCGAUAUCCCGCCCUCUCUUUUGAAUCUCCCCAGGCUUUACCUCCUUUACCUGCAAGAUAACCGGUUUAGUGGAGAAAUCCCGCCUUUCAACCAGACCAGUCUCAGGUUCUUCAACGUGUCGAAUAAUCUACUCUCCGGCGAUAUCCCGGUCACCCCCGCUCUGGUCAGGUUCAAUUCGUCGUCGUUUUUCAGUAACAUCGCUCUAUGUGGAGUCCAGAUUGGUGUACCCUGUAAUGUGACUAAUGGGCCUCCGCCAUCUACGAUUCCCGCGGCCAAUCCGAAGCUGGGAAAGCGUAAACGGCGGUGGAAAAUCAUUGCAAUAAUCUGCGGAAGCGUUGGUGGGUUUGUUCUGAUUUUAGUCUGUUCAUUGGUGCUCUGUUUGGUCUGUAAAAAAAGAAACAAAAGCGAGACUAGGGAAGGAAGAGGGAAGGCGGCGGCCAGGGGCGGAGAGGAGGAGGGGGAAGCGAGUGGCGGAGGAGGAGGAGGAGGAGGAGGAGGAGGAGGAGGGAAUAAUAACAAUAACAACAAUGAUAACGACAACGGUGGUGAAAAGAAAGGGGGGUAUGCGUGGGAAGGGGAGGGGUUGGGGAGGCUGGUGUUCUGUGGGCCAGGGGACCAGCAGAUGAGUUACAGCCUGGAGGAUUUGCUGAAGGCGUCAGCGGAGACGCUGGGGAGGGGGACGGUGGGGAGCACGUACAAGGCGGUGAUGGAGUCGGGGUUUAUCGUGACGGUGAAAAGGCUGAAGGAUUCGAGGUACCCGGUAAGGGUAGAGGAGUUCAGGCGGCACAUGGAGGUGCUGGGGCGGCUCAGCCACCCGAAUCUUGUUCCCAUCAGGGCUUAUUUUCAGACCAAGGAGGAGCGGCUGCUUGUUUACGAUUAUUUUCCUAACGGCAGCCUUUUCUCUCUCAUCCACGGAACAAGAGCUAACGGAGGUGGAAAACCUCUCCACUGGACCUCAUGCCUCAAAAUAGCAGAGGACUUGGCCACAGGACUACUCUACAUCCACCAAAACCCAGGUCUAACCCAUGGAAACAUAAAAUCCUCGAACGUACUAUUAGGAUCCGACUUUGAAUCCUGUCUCACGGAUUACGGGCUAAACCCAUUUAAAAACCCGGAUACCCACGAGGAAUCCAGCGCCUCCUCCCUCUUCUAUAGGGCCCCAGAAUGUCGCGACAUCCGAAAACCUCCCACUCAACAAUCUGACGUCUACAGCUUCGGUGUUCUCCUUUUAGAGCUCCUAACGGGUAAAACACCAUUCCAAGACCUUGUUUUGGAGCACGGGUCGGAUAUCCCCUUGUGGGUUCGGUCAGUACGCGAAGAAGAGACUGAAUCAGGUGAUAGUAAUGACGCUUCCGAGGAGAAACUCGGGGCCCUUUUGAACAUUGCCAUGGGUUGUGUGUCGAUUGGGCCGGAAGAUCGGCCUGUGAUGAGGGAAGUGUUGAGGAUGAUUAGAGAGAUGAGGGCAGAAGCCCAAGUGUCUUCGAAUAGCAGUGAUCAUUCACCGGGUAGGUGGUCCGAUACAGUUCAAAGCUUACCGAGGGAAGAACAUUUGAGUAUUUGAGUUGUUCAUUGAUUUGGGAUUUUGAAUUUUUUUUUUUUGGCACAUGAUUUUCAAAAUCGUAUUCUUCAACUAGGCAUUGCUAGAUUUUGUAGAGUCUGUUUGGUGUAAAGGUUUUCAUUCAAUUUCCUCUCCUAGUUAUUGUUUUAGCUGUUGAAGCCACUCUGGAGUAGUACAUUUCCAGUUUGCAGCUUAGAGCAUCUGCAAGCCUUGGCUUCGAAUUUUGAGGAUAUCAAAAUUUUAAGGCUUACAUGGCAAUUUAACAUGUUUGAAUUUGACA